UUUGUCUUAUACCUAGGAGAAUGAACGUAGUAAAUUUGACAUCAUCAACAUGUAUCCAUCCUUGAAUCCCCUGAAAGAAAAGAUUCAUCUAUUUUCACCGUUGUGUGCUAAGAGAAUAAUAAGGUCCAAUUAUCUGAUCUUAUCUCGAUAUGUAUCAAAUACAAGGGAUGGGGAACCUUGCGAUGCGAAGGCCCAGCCUCAGGCUCAGCAUGUGUCCCUUUUGCAAUCUGAAAAUUUAAGACGAGAUAAGAGCAUCAACUCUAAACCCAUCAGACUUGGAAUAUGUCAUCUAGCAAGUGGAAAGCUACAAGUUAUAACCAGUGCAUCUACUCUUGGUGUCCAGGAAAGAGGGAAUCGUUCAUGGAGCUGGAGUAAGUCCUAUCUUCUUCGAAGAAGAGAGAACUCUUUUAUGUUGGCAUCAGUUAGCAAACCAUCAAGCCUUGUUGUGUUUGACGAUGCAGGUCAUUGCACUGAAGAUAAAGAUGUCUCACCUUACACGGAAAACAACCACAAUAGGGAAGAGCAGUCCAAUGCUGAUCAUGAAGAGCUCCCUCUACUGUUCCUGCAUGAAAACAACAACUAUGAAGAAGCUUUAAAGACAAUUGGAGCAGCUGGAGAGUCAGGGAGUCUGUGCCAGUCUGCCGCUGCACAACUUAAAGACCUUUGCCAUCAUCUUCAUGUAGAGGAUGCAAUUUGGGCUGCUGCCAAACCUUGUAAAGACAGAGUUGAUGACAUCAUCAUUAGGAAGGAUUAUUCUGCAGGCGAAUCAUGCAAUCAUGACUACUCGUUCUUCUUUCAAAGCAGCAAUGCUGGCAUUCAGUCCCUCUCGGAAAAAGGAACCGGUGAAAAGCUAAAUCCAUGCACUGCUGAUCUUCCAAAACAUGUUGAACCCAGUAUUCAUCAUCCAUAUGCAUUGCCUCCAGAUAAACUCAUCCCUCAUGAUGCAGAAAGUUUUUCAACUGCAUCCGACAUAGUAGGUAUCGCAAGUUAUGAGGAGGACAUGCUGCCAGUGCUGCAAUGUGUCGGAGAGAGUGAAAAGAAGACGGAUGAUCCCGCCCCCUCAGAUGGGCCUAGUAAGGAGCAGUUGUCUUACAUGCACCAUCGUCUGUCAGAGGAAAUGCCAAAAUUCUUUGAGCAAUCUCAUGACUAUGGAUUGUAUGCAGACACUGUGCAUUUUGAUAACCGCAUCAUGAAAGUCAGUACGAGAGGCCUAGCUGCUUACAAAGCCACUGUGCAAUCCUUGAAGUAUUUGAGUACGGCCUAUCUAACCAGCUCCCAGAUGGAGCUCCUCCGUAUCACCAUUGAAACCGAGCAGCAUUGCAUCCAGGCAAGAUGGCGUAUCAAAGGAGUGCCCCUGCAUAGCUACCUCUUGAGGCCUUGGGGGAAGAAACACAAGUAUAGAUACUUUGAUGCAUUUUCAACAUUUUAUGUUGGGAGUGAUGGGUUGAUUCACAGCCAUGUCCUUGAUAAGGUGAUGCCAAGUUCUGAAGGCAAGGUUGUCGCAGCGUCGUGGGCCGUUAGAUUAGGGAUCAUGAUGGGCGUGGUGAGACCUCCGGCCUAUGAACCAGACAUCAUGAAAGCUAUUACCCUAAUGAAGGCUCUUCUGGGCAAGUAGCAGUGUAUGUGGAUCAUAAUUCUGCAAAAUUCAUAUUUAGAAAGCUCUUGCUCUUAUAAAGUUUUUCGGCCAGUGGCAAGUCCCUGGAGAGUCGUCAGCCCUUGGGCUGGUGUAAUGAUUGCAAUCAGUCAGCUUUCAAAAAAUAAGUCAUAGAUGAAUUUUCAUCCUGUGAAAUGGACAUGAUUAAACCUGUAUGAGGUCUCUUCUUGCCAACACACCUGUUUGAAAGAUAUUAAUCAUGAUCCGUACACUCAGACAUUGUGAAACUUCUCUUGGCAUUGAUGCCCACAAUCAUAAGCAUUGAUUACUAUGGCAAGUUCAAGCUCAUCGCUCUUAAGAUUUAUUUCUCAGCAAAGUACCUCUUAAGUAUUAUUAUUUGUGAUAUGGAUUGGAGGCAAUGCUCAGGGGGGGCAAGUAGGCAUUAAUAAUCUUGAUCGUAGAAGUGAGAUUGCCAUCAUUUAAGCUGUCGCAAAUGAGGUCCCAUCUUGGUACGUAUCCCUGAAAAAAAAUUCAUGACCCUUUUCAUGAAAUUCAUUACUUUUGUAUUCCCUUUUUCUUGAGCAAGCAAUGCUUCAUGAAUCUGAUCAACUGAAUAUAUUUGUGCUCCUGAUCACUAACUUCUAACUUGGUCUGUGUUAAAACCAUUUGUUAUUAAAGUGAUGUUUAUUUACUCCAUGUUAUUUAUGCUGGUUUGUAUCCAUUUGGUAUUCAAGCAGAUGGCCUAUUUAUGUUUAUUUACUAUCAUCCACUUGGCCUACAAGCAGAUAUUCCAAUUCCCAGAUCAUCUAACACCAUCGUGGCUAAAUCUUCAUGGUCUACCAUCAAUUUGGUUUCAAUACCAUUUGGUCAAACCACCUCUUGGUCUAAUUUUGCCAUAUGCCCAAAAUGUCUAAUUUCCAAUUCUUCUACUUAUUAUUUUACACACUUUUCUAAUGGAGAUUUGGUCAUUACGAGUUCAUCUUAUCAUAUAGACUAAGUGGUGUAAAGGGGAUAUUAGACCAAAUACGCUUAGCCAACUGGAUAUUGUAUAAAAUGAUAAAUGGGCGUAAAUCUAAAGUAAUUAUUUCAAAUGGUUUCAUUGGUGGACAAGCUGGUCAUAGACAAACACGGAUUAGACCAUAUGGGAUGAGACCAAAGGGAAAGUAGAAAAACUGACUAGGCCUAUAGACCAAGUGGCGUUUUGUUUCUUAGCAGAAGAAAUAGGCAGUACUUGUAUCUAAAUACCAUCAGACGUAGUUGAGGGUACCGCUGGAUGGCAUGAUACUUUGUGACAUCUUUAUUACAAGUAUUGUCGAUGUAAAGCUAUUAUUCAUAAUUGUCUGUAGGUCCAUUGCAUGGUCGUUCUUUUGUACAUGCUAGUACAUUCACAUGUGGAUACAGUAUACGGGAUCGGCAUUUAUGCAUGCAAUUCUGCAUGUUAAUAUUCUGUGUGUGUUUGUGUGCCAUAAACAGAUAGGUUGCAUAUUCCGUAGACGGAGCCACCUUCAUAGCACUGUAACUUAGGGAAGGGGAAGGAGG